AUGGGGGUGUCUGGAUCAGCUCUACAACCCACUCCAGCCAAUUCAACAUCACCUAAUACUACUGCGUUGGGUGCCUUUCUUCCCUACGGCUCUACAUCUGACACGGUACCCAAUAUCGUCGGCGAUCCCAAGCAGCCGACGACCGUUGAUUCGCUUGGUGUUGCAGCGGUUAUGGGGCACGGUAUCGGCACAGGCGGGAACAUCGCAGUCCUGCGAGGAGGGAUGGACUGGAUGAGGAAACUGGCUUUGCGUUACCGCCGUAUCAGGGACUUAUAUACAACGUAUAGGUAUAAUGUCGCCGCCUUGUUAGGCGCCACAAAAGCCCAUCAAUGGAUGACUUUACGAAGCAACUUGGACGUUCUCACGGACUACUGGCUCAGCUUGGCUUGCAAAGUGACCGAACGAAUAUGCUCACGCUGGGAAAGUGUGAAUGUCGUGGUGACCACAACACAACUGGUUCCAACCUUGGCAAAGCUGCUUUUGUACGGCUUGGCCGGCGCGUUUCCAAUUGAAAAUAUAUAUUCAGCUACGAAAAUAGGUAAAGAAAGCUGCUUCGAGAGAAUAGCCGCCAAAUUUGGCCGAAAAUCUACCUACGUGGUUAUUGGUGACGGAAAGGAGGAAGAAGAUGCAGCAAAACAACUCCACUGGCCAUUUUGGAGAAUCAGUUCUCACGGAGAUAUUGCAGCUCUGAAUUAUGCGAUUGAGAUGGGGUAUUUAUAG